AGUUCACUUUUGUUUUCAUUCGAGUGUCUGUCUAUCUAGAUAAGGAAAAGAGCGCCUCCGGAGCUCCGAGGAAAAGUUGAAUUAUUUGUGGUUCAGCUCUUAGUGCUACCGUAUCAAUAGAAGUGAAAACAAGAUGAACUUACUAAUAUUAGUGCUGGCGUCACUGAUCGCCUUCUGCAUAGCCGAACCAAAGCCUGCCAUCAAUGAAAUCAAAGCGAACCAGCCACAGCAGAAGCCGGGCCGAUUCCUAACACUGCCGGUGCCGGAGAAAUGCGCGUCACGCCCGAAGGAGUUCAACUACCGCGGACACAACUACUUCUACAGCGGCCACGUCCCCGCCCUGGCUGACAAGCGAGUUGAUUGGCUAGAUGGCCGUAACAUCUGCCGCGAGUACUGCAUGGAUCUGGUUUCGCUGGAAACCCAGGAGGAGAACAACCUGAUCUUCCGUCUAAUCCAGCAAAACGAUGUCCCAUACAUCUGGACGGCCGGUCGACUGUGUGACUUCAAGGGCUGCGAAAACCGCCCGGAUCUGGAACCGAAGAGCGUCUACGGAUGGUUCUGGUCCAACAACCGCGAGAAGAUUCCAGCCUCGAACAAGAUCCCCAACGGCUGGGGCUACAAUCCAUGGAGCAAGUCCGGUCACAAGAAGAUCCCACAGCCAGACAAUGCCGAAUUCGACAUCAACCAGACGACCGAAUCCUGCCUGUCGGUGCUGAACAACGUGUACAAUGACGGUAUCGGAUGGCACGACGUUGCUUGCUAUCACGAAAAACCGGUUGUGUGCGAAGAUUCCGAGGAACUACUGAACUACGUGGCUGCCACAAACCCAGGCAUUCGUCUGUAAAACUGUAGACUUUAGUAAAAUAAAUCUUCUAGCAUUAAGAGCCUCUCCUCUAAAGAAAACAAAAGCAAGGAACUAAAACUACAUUGCCAAGUUUCUUGUCCCCUCUCAAAACUAUCCCAGUUCAGAAAAAAAACUAUCGCUUGAAAAACAAAACAUGUGCAAAUUUUUGUUUCGAUACGAUGAUGACGACGCAAGUAAAGUGACGAACCUGAACAGCGUUCAAAACUGCAUGAACCGAAAAGAAAAGAAAAACUACCAACACUGCAAAAUGUUAUCUAAAUGUAUAUUUAUUUAAUGAAUAGAGUUUUUAAUAUUUUCCUUCCCUGUAACUAUCAAGCGAACUAAAGUGCAGUCAACAAACGAGUCCAGAUCAUCAAUAAAAUGAAAUGCAAAAACUGAAUUGUUACAGUGAAAACAGUACGUA